AUGGAGAAAUUGAAAGUUCCGGAUCUAUCCUACUGUUAUAGGCUUGAGAGUCUACCGGACAAUCUGGGUAAAGGUCUUGCGGGCCUGGAAUACCUAUCUACGAACCGGUGCGGAUCAUUGAAGACGCUUCCGGAAUCAAUCGGAGAAUUGACGUCAUUGAUUGAGUUGGAUAUAUCCCACACGUUGAUCGAAGAACUACCUCGUUCCAUCGGAGAGUUGAGGAAUUUGAAAGCGGUGAAGAUGUGGGACACUAAGAUAAGCAAAAUACCCGAGGAAUUUUGGAAGAUUGGGAAGCUCGAAAAAGUACAAGCCGUCGGACGUGUCGGGCGUUUACAUGGAAACAUAAGUGGUAGCAUCUACGAGAAUAAAUCCCUGAGCAUCUUGAAAUUGAGGGAGGCGGUUAUAAACGAACUACCGCCGCUUCCUGAAAGUCUUACUAUUCUUCAUUUGGAUAAAUUGUGCGUGGAGACGUUUCCAGAUAUCAAGAACCUCACUCAUUUAAAGGAAUUGGAUCUGACAUUCGCCCGACCUGGUGAUGGUGGGAAAUUAAAUGGGCUUGGGGAAGAUUGGAUACCACGGUGGAUUGUGGACUUGACCAAACUGGAGUCCCUGAGACUGGAUUUUGAUUAUAUGGUCACCGUAUCAACAGACCUUAGCCUCCCUCCUCAUCUCAAGUCCCUUAACCUCCGCUGCCCUAAUCUCCGUCGCCUCCGGAGGCUUCCCUCAAGUUUAUCCUCCGUACGUUUGGAGCAAUGCUACUUACUUCGCUCGAUGGAGGAUCUAUCGAAUUUGAAGAAUCUAUCCUCCUUAAGUUUGAGGCAAUGCUACUCACUUCGCUCGAUGGAUCUAUCGGGUUUGAAGAAACUAUCAUCUCUCAAGAUUGUCAACUCUGGAAUUGCAGAGAUUCAAGGCCUUGGUUGUUUGGAGAACCUACGAGAUUUGUCGCUUGAUAACCUUGAACGGUUGAAGGUACUACUUGAUCUACGCAAUUCAAACAAACUGAGGUGGCUUCACGUAUUAAAUUGCGAUAAUCUGGUUGAGAUUGAAGGCGAACUACCACUGUCUUUGGAUAAACUUAGUAUUUUUGCCUGUCCUUCGUUAGUGAAGUUGCCCGAUCUGUCCAACUUCGUGGGUAAGCAUGUGAUUUGGAUACACGAAUGCGAAAAAUUAAAUGUUGAUGCAAUUCUUGCAAUUGCUCGAAACUAUCCAGGAGUGUUGCAUAUUGAAGGAUUUCAACAGCUACAGUUCCUGCCUGAUCUAAGUGAUCUGACAAAUUCGAGCGAAAUAACAAGUCUUCAGGUAAGAAGAUGUGGCGAUCUGGCCGAGAUUCGAGGCAAACUACCGGAGUCUCUGGAAAAAUUGGGGAUUUAUGACUGUAAAUCUUUACGGGAGCUCCCCGAUCUAUCGAGCUCGACGAGGCUGCGAGAGGUUUCCAUAGGUCACUGUGAUGAUCUGGGUGAGAUUCAAGGCAAACUACCAGGGCCUUUGGAAAAAUUGAAAAUUUCUUCAUGGAGAUCUUUACGAAAGUUGCCUAAUAUGUCAAGCUUGAUGAGACUGGAAGAGGUUUCAAUAUAUAGAUGUGGUAAUCUGAUUGAGAUUGGAGGCGAAUUACCACAAUCUUUGAAAAUUUUGAAGAUUCGUUCCUGUGGAUCUUUACAGGAGUUCCCUAAUUUGUCGAGCUUGACAGGGCUGCAAGAGUUUUCCCUAGUGCUGCGAGAGUUUUCCCUAGGUGAAUGUGGUAAUCUGGUUGAGAUUCAAGGCGAACUUCCAGAGUCUUUGGAAAUUUUGGAGAUUCGAUCUUGUGGAUCUUUACAGAAGUUCCCUGAUUUGUCGAGCUUGACAGGGCUGCGAGAGGUUUGCAUGGUCAGAUGUGGUAAUCUGGUUGAGAUUCAAGGCGAACUUCCAGAGUCUUUGGAAAAAUUGGAGAUUCAAUCUUGUGGAUCUUUACAGAAGUUACCUGAUUUGUCGAGCUUGACAGGACUACGAAUGGUUGUAGUGAAUCAUUGCUGGAAAUUAAAUGUGGAGGAAAUUUCUUCUCUUUGCUCGGAGAAGUCGAUCAAAUUUUAUGAGGACAGUCUGACCGACCUGAAUCUGAAUCUGGGGAACAAGAGAGAGGAAUUUGAAUCUGAAACUGAGGGAGAAGACGACGAGGAAUAA